AUGGUUAUCAUGAAUGAGCUGCCAGGGUUUUUAACUAAUCAUUCAUCUCAUCUCAAGGGAAGCGAGCCGGGCAAGGAUUAUAUUUAUGGGGCAAUCUUCUGUUCCUUAGGAAAAUACCCUAUAUCCCCCUCCGUGGUAAGAGCUCUACUGGAGAGGUGGGACUCGGUUGCGAACACCUUCGUAUUCCCUUGCGGAGAGCGUACAAUCACCCUCUUAGAUAUGAAGAACAUGGCCGGUUUACCACUGGAUGGGGAACCUUACGACGAAUUCAUUCCAUCUCGUGCUUACAUGGAGCCAGCUAUGCUGCUGUAUCCAAAGACUUUACUGCCUCUCUACAGGGCAUGGCGCAAACUUGAGGACGGAGGAAAAGUUACUUUCCAAAAGUGGUGCGAUUACUUUCAUUGCACCCCAGGAAAUCUUUCGGGUUUUGAUAGCAGUGAGUUCUCCAAUAUCUAUACUGCUGCAUUCCUAACACUCUGGAUAUGUUGCUUCGCGAUUGUUGGAGGGGGGCCAUAUAUUCGACCAGGUGUACUAGUGACAGCCUCAUGGAUGACUCUGGGCCGCCAAUUUGCUUUGGCACAACCUGCUUUGUGUUCUUUAUAUUACUCUUUAAGGCUUAUUAGCACCAAGCCUAUUAAUCCUGCAUCUUUGAGGAAGCUUUGGCCUGUCCACUAUCUGAUUGGCUGGAUAGGGGAUCACAUACCGGCGGUAUUUGGUAACAGAAUGAAGCAUGUCAAUAUCCCUGUUUGCCCGUAUCCUUCAGUGCGGCCAACUAUGCUGGAUACUAUGUCCAGAAAGCCAACUCUUUUCAGUCCCAAGAGUGCUCAUAAGCUUCUGUGUAGAGAUAAGAAUAUUUUGUGGAAUCCCUACGAGCCUCUUGACGAGGACCUAACAGCUCAACCAAACUCACUUCGGACCAACAGAAUAUUUGAUUUAUCACUUCGUCGUGGUAUGCUCCCAUGGAGAAUUGCUACAUACAAGACGGACUUUUGCAUUUUGGAGCCAUACCACCCGGAACGUGCAGCUAGACAGUUCGGGUUGGAUCAAGUUGUUCCUCAUCUUCCGUUGACUAGUUUGGUAACUGAAUUUGACGUUGGGAUAGCAUAUGCUCACUGGCGACAUCUUCUACGCCCGAUAUAUGAGGACUCGCAUCUCAUACCAGAUGAGUAUCGUGUAGGACGUGCUUCACUGGCUUGGGUUAGAUGGUUCAGUGCUUUCAUAGAACCAUUUAACUCCAUUUUACACAGCUUGGGCCAAGAUAACCUCUAUGACCCUAUCAGUUUCGGGGCUAGACAAUGUGAUUAUCAUAUACACCCAGGUCUUGCUCCUCGAAAUCUAUCCUCUCGUGACUUGACUGUGGUGCAGAGGGUAGCUGAAGAACAUCUUCAGGAUUAUCUUGUAUCUAUCAUGAAUAAAGAGAUGACCAAUAAUGAUCAUUGGAAGAGAGCUGCACAACCUUCUGGGUGUACAGGUCGACUAUCAGGGUCAAACAGCCAUGAUUGUGGACAGCAGCUUGACCAUCCAUCCUCCGGCCAAGCGUUAUCUAAGGAUACGCAAAGCAUGGACGCGACUGAGAUCGAGAAGAUUUUCUUGGCAACAGCAUAUCAGGUGUCACUAAAGGUUCUCAACGGGCUGGAUGUUACUACAUUGAAAGACCCGGAGCGAUGUGCCGCCCUGCAACUUACUUCGACUAGUCUCCCUGGGAAUUUUGCUAGCAUUUCCAAGAUCAAAGCUAUGCUGGACAAACUGGUUGCUAUUUCCCAACAAUUGCAACUUGCCCACUCUGAAUUUGAAGCAAGCUCUGGGCGAGUAGACCAAGCUGUUGGCCAGGUUAAACAAGAGCUUUCAGUUAAGAAAAAUGCUCUCCAAGCUACCGCCCAGGAAAUGAUUUCAGUUGAAGAGAGGAAAGCUGAGCUUUUAGCAGAAGUUGCCAAGUUUAACCUUGCCUUGAAGGAACUGGAGGAGAAGGAGGAAAAGCUAUUGAAGACUCAGUCUGCCCAGGAAUUAGAAGUGAAGGAGCAAGAACAAGCGCUGUGUGAUGCCACUACAAAGGCAAACAAGAGAGCCAAUGAUGACCUCCGGGCAAAGACGAUGAUGUGCAUCAGGACCUUUAUUUGUUUCCAAUGCAUUGGAAGGGCUCAUUGA